AUGUCAGAAUUACAAUUAAUUGGUGGCAUCAAGAAACUCAACAACCAAAACUAUAACUCAUGGGCUACUUGUAUGAAAUCGUAUCUACAAGGUCAGGACCUUUGGGAUGUUGUUGAAGGUACGGAUGUUGAGCCACCGAGUGAGAAUGAACAUGAAGCCCUUCGCAAAUGGAGGAUUAAGUCCGGAAAAGCCAUGUUUGUGUUGAAGACAACCGUGGAGGAGGAAGUGUUGGAUCAUAUACGAGAAGCGGAAUCAUCGAAAGAUGCGUGGGACGAGCUAAAGACUUUGCUCUCGAAAAAGAACGACACGAAACUACAACUCCUCGAAAACGAGUUGUUAUCGGUGUCACAGCGGGAUCAAACUAUCCCACAGUACUUUCAUAAGGUCAAAACCUUAUGUCGGGAGAUAAGUGAACUCGAUGCUGAAGCCAAAAUUGGAGAUGCUCGGAUGAAGAGAAUUAUAAUUCACGGACUCAAACCGGAAUUCCACAGUUAUGUAGCAGCCGUGCAAGGAUGGCAAAAACAACCAUCAUUGGGAGAGUUUGAGAAUAUUUUGGCAAGUCAAGAAGCCCUAGCAAAACAAAUGGGUGAUAUGUCGAUCGUUGCGGUAUCUAAAAAUGAACCAGAGGCGUUGUAUGCUGGAAGAUCAAAAGGGAGAAAUUACCAUAAAUCUGGUGGUCAAAAGCCCAAUAAUAAUUCUUAUAAAAGUGAUGCCCAAAAUAAUAAUAAGAAAGAAUUUCAGCCAAAGAAGGGAUAUGAAAAAGAGAAAAGGGAAAAUGGCAGUGACAAAAACUAG